GACAACCUUUGGUACAAAGCCUCCACGGCUCCAACAUUCCCAAAAAAUUCAAACUUUACAAAUUCACAUUUAUUUCCCGCCCAAAACCCACACAAUCUUUGAAGUUUAAACUGAGAAAGAUUAUCUUCAAUUCCCAUUUUCUACAUUACCGUGUUAAUUUAUUUUCAAUUUAUUUAAUCCCCAAAACAGGAAAUGUCAGCGUCGUCGGUUUGUCGGCAAAGAGACAUUACCUCCGGCAAUCCAAAAACGGCGAAAACCAUAAUUUCAAUCUCCAAUCCGACCCUCAAAAAAUCAUCUUCCGGUAAAGAAAACCCAAGGCCCAGCAGCCUUUCUCGUGCUUCCAUGGUGGCUAAGGGGCCCAUGAUCCGGUCCGUUCCAAGAGUCGAGAAGGCGGUGGAGCUUGGUGGCUCUGAGAAUGAGGGCCGGCUACGGUGGUCCACGUCAUCAGCCCCAAGAGGUAGGAGUCAGAGUCCAUCUGAAUUUAUUAGGGUUUUUUCUGAUUUAAAGAAAGAUAGAAUUUCAAUGGAUAGGGAAAAGAAGGAUUUUAGGGAUUUAAGAGUUAAAGGUUGCAAGGAAAAUGGUGGAUUUAGGGAGAACUUGGUGAUGAAAGUGAAGGAAAAUCAGAGUAAAAUAAACGGGGUUAGGUUUUUGGAUGGGAAUUUUAAAAAAGAUGUUAAAUUUAGCUCCGAUUUGGGGAAAUCAAAUGGGGAUAAUAUUCAAAAUGGGGAUUUUGGGGCUUUUAACGAAAAGGGUAUUUCAGAUUUUGGUUCAGAACUUGGAGCUUGUGUUAGGGUUGAUGAGAAAUGUGAUGCAAAGUUUCUAAAAGGUAAGUCUUCGAGUGAUGGUAAGAGUUUGGAGGUUUUGAAAGAAACGGACUUGAGUGUUCAGGAGAGUGGAGGGAGUGGGAUUGGUAUUAAAUAUCCGAGCAAGGUUCAUGAAAAGCUUGCUUUUCUGGAAGGGAAGGUGAAGAGAAUUGCGUCAGAUAUUAAGUGGACUAAGGAGAUGCUUGACAUGAAUAAUCCGGAUGCAUCAAAGGUGAUACUUUCAGAUAUUCAGGACAAGAUUUCAGGUAUUGAGAAGGCUAUGAAUCAUGUUGUGAGUGAUUCGAAUGGUAAAACAAGUGCUUCAAAAGGUUCUAGAGAUGAAGAUGUGAGUAUGAAAGGUGUUGAGAGGAGUCAGAGUAAGCAAGUGGGUAAUGUUAAAAUUUCAGUUAAAGAAUUGAAUAGUGAGGAAUUAGAGGCUAGAUUGUUUCCUCAUCACAAGUUGCUUAGAAAUCGGAUGUCAUUGAAGGAAUCAUCAGGCAGCUCUCAAAGUCAGGAACCCUUGCAUGCUGUAGACUCCAGCAGUGAAUUAAGGGAGGAAAAGAAGUCGUUGAGUCCCAUUGAGGAUAAUCCGGUCACUUUGGAGUUCUUGGCUUCACUUGAUAGGGAGAAAACUAAAGUCACCACAAGAAUUGAGCAGGCUAGUUUGAAGAAUUCUGAUACUCAGCAGAUGGAUGGUGAUGGUGCUUCAGGAGCACAAGGCUCUUUAAAAAAUUUUGACAUGAAGCAUGGUGUAGAAUUCAAUCUUGAAUCAGAUGAGAGACUUGAGGACUUUGAUGAUCAGGAGAAUAGGCCUACUGCUGUUAUUGAUGAGGAGACUGAAGAUGCUAGCAUUUAUCAGCUCAAUGAAAUUGGCUGCAAGACUUCAACUGGUGGAUGGUUUAUGUCAGACGGAGGGGCUGUUCUUCUUGCUCAUGAUGAUGGGUCAUGUUCCUUUUAUGACAUUGCUAACUGCGAGGAGAAGGCAGUGUACAAGCCUUCAGAAGGUGUCUCACCUAAUAUAUGGAGGGAUUGUUGGAUUAUCCGUGCUCCUAGUGCAGAUGGUUGCUCAGAGAGAUAUGUUGUGGCUGCAUCUGCUGGGAAUUCUUCAGAAUCAGGAUUCUGCUCUUGGGAUUUCUAUACCAAAGAUGUGCGAGCUUUCCACACUGAGCAUGGGGAGACUGCUUCAAGAACAAUACUUGGUCCCUUAACGAAUAACAGUUUGUAUAGAAGAAAUGCUCUGCGUAAUAGUUUAUCACCAGAAACUCAGCAGUGGUGGUAUAAACCUUGUGGCCCUCUUAUCAUCUCAACUGCCAGCUCUCAGAAGGUUGUCAAAGUAUAUGACAUCCGUGAUGGCGAGGAAAUUAUGAAGUGGGAGGUCCAGAAGCCUGUAUCAGCAAUGGAUUAUUCAAGUCCACUGCAGUGGAGAAACAGAGGAAAGGUAGUUGUAGCAGAAGCAGAAAUGAUUUCUGUAUGUGAUGUGAACUCUUUACAUCCUCAGACAUUACUAUCUGUCUCUUCAGCUGGUCAAAAAAUCUCGGCUCUUCAUGUAAAUAACACUGAUGCAGAGAUGGGUGGAGGGGUUAGGCAAAGAAUAAGUUCCUCAGAAGCUGAAGGAAAUGAUGGUGUAUUCUGCACUCCAGAUUCUAUUAAUAUCUUGGAUUUUCGCCAUCCAUCUGGUGUAGGUGCAAAAAUAGCAAAAAUUGGUGUUAAUGUGCAGUCAGUUUUCUCCCAAGGGGAUUCGAUCUUACUUGGAUGCACAAAUGUGAGAUCAUCAGGAAAAAAGCAACCUUGUUCUCAAGUGCAACAGUUCUCAUUGCGCAAACAAAGGCUGUUCAGUACUUAUUCUUUGCCUGAAUCCAAUGCUCACUCUCAUUAUUCAGCCAUAACACAGGUUUGGGGAAAUUCAAACCUUGUCAUGGGUGUCUGCGGGCUGGGCCUUUUUGUAUUUGAUGCCUUGAAGGAUGAUUGCCUGCAGCCUUUCAUAUAUGAUUAUGGCAGUGCUAAAAAUGCCAGAGAGAUCGUUGGGCCAGAUGACUUGUAUUCCCCUUCUUUUGACUACUCGGCAUCUCGUGUUCUCUUGAUAUCCAGAGAUCGCCCUGCACUAUGGAGGCACUUGUCAUAGGUAAGAUGUUGAAAAAUGUCAUAGUAAUUUAUGAAGAAACCAUUGGCAUGACUAAGUUCUUGGUGUUUAUGUUUGGCUUCUCAUGGCAUGCUAUGCUUUUGUAAUUUAUUGAUUGCAGAGGUGUUUGGUUAGAAAACCGGGUGAGUGCAGCAUCCCGCUGACCUUCUACGUUCUAGUGUAUUUGGAAAAGUGAAGGAAUUUGAUCUUUGUGAUCUUAAAAAUUUAUGAAAUGAAAAUAGAAAAUUGGUUGGAUUGAUUUUAUACCAUCUGAGUUCUUUUGAGAAUUUGGAGGAUAUUGAUGUGCUAGAGUUAUCUGUAACAGUGUCGUGAUGAACCAUGAUUUGAUGGAAAAAGCCUUGCAAGUUUUCCGAAGUACAGUUGGAACCAUUAGGAACCUUUAGCAAACAUUUAAAACAGACAUCUAAGCUGGCUUGAAGGAAGCAUUACUGUUCCAGCUGGUUAAAUAUUGGCAAUUGCUUCAGUAUCUUUAAUAUUUGACAGAUUCAAAACUUCAACUGCAAAUCCUUCAGUGUUCUCUGUUAGCUGAUAAACCAUAAUAUUUGUUUAGACCCACUGAGACCUUUUCAACACCAAUGCUCUUUGCAAUGCUACGAUGAGCAGACAAUUC